GCACUUCCGCCCUGUUGUGAAGUGGGUGUCUCGGUGGUCUUGGGGAACAGUCUCUCUCCCAGGAGCCCUUUGAAGGACAUACCAUUGGUUCUAGAAGUCAUCGGAUGAGGACAGCCCAGCUGAAGUGAGGCAUCCAGGCCAGAUGAUGGCUGUGGCCCCGGAAUCCGAGGUCCAGGCCUCUCCCCUGCCAGAGCCUGAAGACCUCCUGAUUGUGAAACUGGAAGAGGACUCGUGGGGAUCAGAAUCCAAACCCCUGGAGAAGGACCAUGACCUUGGCCCUGGCCCUGAGGCCUCCCGUAAGCGCUUCAGGCAGUUCCAGUACACAGAUGCAGCUGGACCCCAUGAGGCCUUCAGCCAGCUCUGGGCUCUCUGCUGUCAUUGGUUAAGGCCAGAGAUCCGCCUUAAAGAGCAGAUUCUGGAGCUGCUGGUGCUGGAGCAGUUCCUGGCCAUCUUACCCAGAGAGGCACAGACCUGGGUACAGGCACACCACCCCGAGAGUGGGGAGGAGGCUGUGGCCCUGGUGGAGGAUUGGCAUCGAGAGGUCUGGGCUGCUGGACAGCGGGAACUGGAGUUGUGUGCAGAAGAGACCAGGUCCUUAAAGGCAGUACAAGAAUUCCAAAGCCUCCAGCACCAGCCAGCAGAUCACUGGCCUGAGGGACAGUCCCAGAAGCAGUGGGUGAAGAGUACAUGCCCUGAUCUUCCCAAGCAUCUAAACACCAAGAUGGCAUCUCGGCCCUUGAGAGAGAGUGCUGUCCUUACUCCCCGAGUCCCUCCUGUUCCAAAGAUGGGGAGUGUUGAAGAUUGGGAAGUGACAGCUGAGUCCAAGGAAGCCCUGGGCCCCAGUAAACAUGCUGAGAAGGAGUUCUGCAAGAACCCACCAGGAGACGACUGUGGGAACAGCGUGUGUCUUGGAGUUCCAGUUUUAAAACCAAGUAUCACCUCCCAGAGAGAACCUGGACCAGAAUUCUGGGAUCUCAGUCUUACACAUUCUGGAAAAAGGAACACUGCAGAUUGCAGCCUCCAUAGUGAGCAAACAAAACCAGCUCAGGCAUUAGCCUGGAGGGAAUCAAGUUCCUGGGAAGAGCAGUACCAAUGGGAUGUGGAUGAUAUGAAGGUGUCAGGUGUUCACUGGGGCUAUGAGGAGACCAAGACUUUCUUGGCAAUUUUGAGUGAGUCUUCUUUCUCUGAAAAGCUCCGGACUUGUCACCAGAACCGCCAGAUAUACCGGGCUAUUUCAGAAAGGCUAAGGGCACGGGGCUUCCUGCGGACCCUAGAGCAGUGUCGCUACAGGGUCAAAAACCUCCUACGGAAUUAUCGGAAAGCCAAGAGCAGCCACCCACCAGGGACCUGUCCCUUUUAUGAGGAGCUGGAGGCCCUGGUGAGGGCUCGGACAGCCAUCAGAGCCACAGAUGGCCCAGGAGAGGCUAUGGUACUCCCUAGGCUGGGGGAUAGUGAUGCUGAGAUGGAUGAGCAGGAGGAAGGUGGCUGGGAGCCCGAGGAAGCCGCAGAAGACUGUGACAGUGCUGGCCUGGCCACUGAUGAAUCUGUCCAUGGGCCCAGGAUUGCAGGGGGCCCAGCUCUGCUCCAGAGUCGUGUUGCAGGUGUGCACUGGGGCUACGAGGAAACCAAGGCCUUCCUGGCAAUUCUUAGUGAGUCCCCAUUUUCUGAAAAGCUUCGCACCUGUCACCAGAACAGCCAGGUAUACCGGGCCAUUGCAGAACGGCUGUGUGCACUGGGCUUUCUGCGGACACUGGAGCAAUGUCGCUAUAGAUUCAAAAACCUCCUUCGAAGCUACCGGAAAGCCAAGAGCAGCUGCCCACCAGGGACAUGUCCCUUCUAUGAAGAACUGGACUCACUGAUGAGGGCUCGGACUGCGGUCAGUGCCAUGGAAACUGUUAGGGAAGCCACGGGUGUCCCUGGGUCUGGGCAGAGCAAUAUUGAGGCUGAUGAGCAGGAGGACUGGGGUGAGAUGGCAGAAGAAGAUGCCAUCAAACCUCCAACCCCAUGUCCUAAAAUUCCAGACACAGGUUUUGAAUUGAGGCAUGAGGAUGAAGACCAGAUUUCAGAGCAGGACAUUUUUGAGGAUUUGCCUGGGACCUUAUCAAAAUGCACUACAGAGUCUGUUUUCCAAGCCCCUGAUUGGGGGGAAGACAGUGAAAAUGAAAACGAAAGUAAAAUGAAGUGUGAAACUCCCCCACAGGAACAGUGGGAAGAGUGUUCCUCUGAGGAGGACUUAGAAAAACUCAUUGACCAUCAAGGCCUGUACCUUGUGGAGAAACCCUACAAGUGCAAAACGUGUGUGAAAAGCUUCAGUCGGAGCUCGCACUUCAUUGCCCACCAGAGGACCCACAUAGGUGAGAAACCUUACAAAUGCCUUGACUGUGGAAAAAGCUUUAGUGAUCGCUCCAACCUCAAUACCCAUCAGAGAAUCCACAUGGGGGAGAAGCCAUACAAAUACCUUGAAUAUGAGAAAAGUUUCAGUGACCACUCUAAUCUUGUCACCCAUCAGAGAAUCCACACAGGGGAAAAGCCUUAUAAAUGUGGGGAGUGUUGGAAAAGCUUCAACCAGAGCUCAAACCUUCUGAAACAUCAGAGAAUCCACUUUGGAGGAAGUUCUGACCAGUGUAGUGAGCCUGGGGAGAGUUUUCGACAAAGACCAUCACUUAGUGCUCACUGGCAAAAUUCUGCAGAGGAGACAGCUGAACAACCACAGAGUGUCAGUGCAAACUUGAGCUCUCCUGGGCCCCACAGUACCAACUUGGGGGAGAAAGUAUAUCAAUGCUCUGAAUGUGGUAGAUGCUUCUCAAAGAGCUCUGCCCUCAUUAGCCACCAAAGAAUCCACACAGGAGAGAAACCGUAUGAGUGUGCUGAAUGUGGGAAAAGCUUCAGCAAGAGCUCCACCCUGGCCAACCACCAGCGAACCCACACAGGGGAGAAGCCAUAUAAGUGUGUGGACUGUGGGAAGUGCUUCAGUGAGCGUUCCAAGCUCAUCACACACCAGAGAGUGCACACUGGAGAGAAGCCCUACAAAUGCCUUGAGUGUGGAAAGUUCUUCCGGGACCGUUCUAACCUUAUCACUCACCAGAGGAUUCACACAGGAGAGAAGCCGUAUAAGUGCAGAGAAUGUGGGAAAUGCUUUAACCAGAGCUCCAGUCUUAUUAUUCACCAGAGAAUCCACACCGGGGAGAAACCCUACAAGUGCAUGGAGUGCGGCAAAGACUUCAACAACAGCUCCCACUUCAGUGCCCACCGGAGAACCCAUGCAGGAGGGAAAGCAUCAUAGGAGACCCCUCUCCCCAGUAAAACAGUGACGUGUAUAUUUACAUCUCCUAAGAUUCUAAAAUGUACUAGAAAGAAACCUUCCAGUUUUUAAGCUUUGUGUAUACCCAGGGAAAUAAUCUUGGUAAAAUCCAGGUAAUUUGGAAGAGAAUUAUGAAUACUAAGGAUCCAGAUUUGAAGUCACUUUUCUCAAGUGUAAUUUGUUUUUCUUCCUAUAAAAACCGGCAUAAUCCUCAGGCUGUUCUUACAUUUGCUAUUGUGUAAGAGCUUUAUCAGUAUUUGAGCCAGACUGGUGACUUGGGGGAUUAGCUCAGUUAGUAGCCCUGAGCAGUGAUUCCAAACUUUCACUGUGCUUUUGCACUGUCUACGUGCACACACCCAUGGGCAGUGGUUUUCAUAUGUGGCAGGGUGCAGUCGGGGCAUAUCCUCUCAGGAGAACCUUGAGACCCCCCCUGGUGAGGGCAUAACUAAGAACCAGUGGCCUAGAGCAUUCCACCAUG